AUGCUUCGAUUCUUCUCCUCCAAGAAGACCGUCGACCCUAAGGGCCAGGCCUCCGAGGCUGUUAGCAAGGAUGUCGAAGAGUCCGUUCGCGCUCUCGAGGAUUUUGAGAUUGAACUUGACCAGACCACCGAAGACUACGUCGAGAUCAUCGACCACGCCGCGCCCAAGCGUCCUCGUGCCGUUUGGAAGGACACAAAAGAAAUCCGGAACCAGGGCUACAUUGUCGUCGCGAAGGACACCGAAGUCCCGGCCUUCAUGAAACUCCCCAACGGGAAGACUAAGUUCGGUGAGGAUGUCGUCGUUGUCGAGGGAUUUAAGGACCGCUCCGGAAAUGUCAAGAAGUAG